UAAGGGGUGUAUUAUUAAUCUCUUCAACUUCAACGAAAACGGUUGUAUAACUGUUAUUGAGUUAAUAUUACAAAAUCCGUUGUUAUUUAGCUUUUACCAGAAGGCAGGAAUAUUUUACCCCUUUUUCUUUUUCACCAGACCAUAAAUAUUAGAAGCUGAAGGUACUAGUGCUAAAGUAGUGCAUCUCAGCAAAGAUGAAGAGUGUUCUCUUAUUUUGUUUCCUGUUGAUAGCUAUUGAGGUAUGCCUUGUAGUUUCAAAAGAGGGUUUUCAAGAUGAUCCAGAGAACUUUGAAUGUGGACAGGUUUUAAAUGAAACGAGUGCAACUGUAGAUUUGGUUAUUAAUAAAACAACCUGCAAUAUAACAAUUGCACCAAAUGGCAAAGGAGAGGUUAAAGAAGUGUUUUUGAUUUUUGAAAAUGUAAUGAGUGAAAAAGAAAACUUCACAAUCGUUAAUAGUACAGGUGUUUUACUCUUUGGUCCUUUCAAUGGUACACAAGAUCCAUUUAUGGUUUUGACUGGCAGCAAGAACCUAACUAUAGUUGUAAAGACAGAAAAUAUUACAAACCCAAGGAAAUUUAUAUUUCGUUACUCCACUGAAGAUUGUUCUUGCGGUGAUGAAGGUUGUCAUUAUGGAAACUUUAAAUUGCCCCUCUAUAAAGGAAAGAAUGAGACAACAACUUGCAAUUUUACAUUGCGUGCCACAGAGGGACAUAAACUUUUAGUUGAAUUCAGGAAGUUCAACCUAAGUCCUUCUUCCAGCUUGAAUGUUCUUGGAAGUGAACCAGUGAAUCACAUUUUCAGAGGAACAAACUUGCCACAGGACCUCUUGGGUGCUAGACUUCAAAUGACUUUGGUACUUCACCGUUUAGAAUUGGGUCAAGCAUUUAAUUUUAUCACAAACACUGUCUCUAAAGAUUGCAGUGGAGGGGUUGUCUUGAAUUCAUCAAUCACUCUGAAAUCUUCUAAUUUCACUGGAGAAAACUGUCAUUGGAUAUUCUAUGGGGUGAAUAAAACUGUGCUGGGAUUAACGUUUCAGAACUUGCAAUUUAAGGGAGUACUGGACGAGAUCAGUGUAUUUGAUGGGGAUCGAAAGCUCUCAGGCAACAAUCUUAUUAAAGUUUCUGCCAACAGUGAUACAAGUAUUAAAGAUAAAUAUAUUCGAACUAGUGGAAACAAUAUGACUGUAACUUACACCAACCCGUUUCAGACUGAAGCUUUUCCAGUUAAUCUUACCAUUCAAGUUUCAUCUUACGGUGGAGGAGGUUACUUUAAAAACAAUGGAACCAUAAACUUGAAUUCUUCUAAAGAUACUGUAUCCCUGAUCAAGGUCAAAGAUGAUGAACAAGUAAUGCUAACGAUUUCCAAUUCUUCUAUGCUGUCACCAGGCUCGUUUAUUGAAGUAUAUAGUGCUUUUUACAAAAAUUCUCCUCUGAUAGCAAACAUUGUGAAGAAUAGUAAACCAAGUUAUCCAGUAGUCUCUUCUACAUCUGAGAUGAUGAUUAUUUCUCACAACUUCACAGGCAUUGAAAAUUUCUCGGGAAAUUUUACAGGUGUUCCAAAAGGUUGUCAUAGUGUAAGUACAGAAAAAAGUGACGUCUUCACUUUAUCAGGCAACUGUAACCAUACGUGUACAUGGGUAAUACCACAUAUUAAUCCUGCUAGAGUCAAUAGUACAGAUAAUUUAGUUCUGAAAAUGAAUUCUCUCAAUUUGCUUGAUGGAGAUCAAAUUAAGUUGUCAAAACUGGAUGAACAGAUGACAAAAGUAGCAACAAUCACAGCAAAAACAAAUUUUGUUCCCAUCCUGUAUCUGCCUGCUAAAACUGGAGCCUAUGUUGCUGUGUCACGAGGUAACUGCACAGGACAUAAUAAAGUCCUAGCAGCCAGCUAUGAUACCAGUCCUGCUUGUAAGAAACAAAUGAACAUGACUCUAGGAGAGUACAGCACAGUGUCCUCUCCAAACUUUCCUGACAGUUAUCCACUUGGAGCAGAGUGUCUUUGGAACAUUGGCAUUCCUGGAAGUAAAAGUGGUCUUCUUCACAUCACUUUUAACAGCCUGGACUUAACUCAGAAUCACACACUUUCUAUACAGGGAGUCUUGAAUGGGACAGAAACAGAAACUGUUGUCCUUGGGGAAAAGAAUUCAUCUCUUCCAAAUGAUUUUCUUUUAAAACCACAGAAAGAAAUAAACUUUUUAUCUUAUUCUGUUGGAAAUCUGACUGUUGGAAGAGGAUUUGAAAUCAUGGUAACAGCUCUUGACUGUGGUGGAGUACAUACAAACGAUUCUGGAAAACUUGAAAUUAGACCAAAUGUUACCUCGUGUGUUUGGAUCAUCCGAGUACCACCCACUAAAGGAGAUGCUGUCAACAUUAUUACAUUUUCUAUUAAAAAACCAGAAGAUAAAAGUAUACUGAAGAUAUAUGAUGGAGGUUCAGUACGAGAUACACAGAUUACAAACCUUACAGCCUCAAGUAUAUGGAGCAGAACCAAUGAGCUUUUGAUUAUUUACCAGCCAGCCAAGAAUACAUCAGCAAAUGUUACUGUUCAUUAUGCAAUAAAAUCCUGUGGUCCAAGCAUGCAGUGUGAAAACAAAAUUUGUUUACACCCUGACUGGAUUUGUGAUGGUGUAAAUGAUUGUGGGGACUUCUCAGAUGAAAAGAACUGCACUGCAAUCCAGCCCACUCCUUCCCCCACUGAGCCCUCAAAAUCUAGUGGAAUUUCUCCUGUUGCUAUGGGACUUGCCAUACCACUAGCAUUUAUCUGUGGCAUUUUGGUGGCCUACCUUGUACCUUACGCAAUGAAAAAAUACCGUGAAUCGGCCACCUACACACCUUUCCGUAAUAUUGAAGAAAAUGCUUAAUUCCUGUCUUUAAUCUUGUGUUUAGCUUGAGUUUGGUGUCAGGAAACAAACAUUACAUAUUAAUGGUGUGAGUCAUUUAGAGUAUCUGUGAUUUUGGAAAAAAAAAGUAAUUUAGUUACUACUUUCUAGACUUUUGUGUUGUUUUUUAAGUUUAUUUGUAAGGUGGGUUUAAAAAUAAAGUGCAAUUUUGCACAUUGAUAAUUGUAUUAUCUCACUAAGUUGAUUUUUGUUUUAAGUACUGUGAUCACACUGUCCUUGGUAAUAUCCCAUGUAUGUUUAUUCCUUUACAAAGUUGUACACUAGAAAUGGAUUUUCAUGUAUUUUUUUUCUUUACAUUGCAUUACUAAUCUUAAAAGAAAAAUUGCAGUGAAGUUUUUUGUGAAUUAGUGUUAUGAAUUAACGUUUUUUAAUGGAUUUUGCUUUAAAAAGAAGUUUUUAAGCAUCUUGUAGAUUUAUUAUUUUCUGCUCUCCCAGGUUAAUGUACUAAUUAUUCGGAAUUAAUAUAAUGAUGAGUAAGUUCAAGAAAGUUAGUUUUUGUAAUUACACGAGUGUUGGAGAAAUAUUACAAGGAAGAAGAGUGCUAUUGUUUCUAAAACCUAACCUUGUAACAGAAGAGGUCCAUUAAAUUGUGGUGUGUGUAAUAACCUCUGUGUGACUUUGUGAAUGGUAAACCAAGACUACCCUAAGAAGUGCUUUGGUUGAUAGUUAGUAAAAAUACCAAGAAUUUGUUCUGUCAAGUGGUUGAAUGUUGAAUGGUAGAUUAUUUAACAUUUUAUUUUCAUGGGGCUCGAUUGUGAAUCUGUGGUAUUUUUAAGAAAAGCUUUGUAUCAUAAAAUUUAUGUACUGGAUCACUGGUAAAUAAAACUUGGUUAAAGUAUG